AGGCGGGCCGGGGUCUGCGGGGCGGUGCCACCGAGGCUGGAUCCCCCCAGUCCCCUCUUGGAGGCCGGCGUGGGGUGGGGCGGUCGGCCCUGCAACUGGAGCUGCGGCCCUGGUUAAAAAUACCCCCGCCCUGCCCUCCCUCUGGCCGGCGGUGCCCUUCUGUCCUGGCCCAGCCCUCCUCACCCGGACAGGCGCAGGGCCCCUCCCAGGGGACAACUCUGCCUUUUACCAGUUUGUCCUCUCGCAGAGUUGGCCCCUAGCCUGCAGAGGGAGGGCCGGGGAGACACCAAGAGCAAUAAGAGAUAGUCCAAGAAGGUGCCGCAGAGAUAAGGGAGAGCGGGGAGGAAGCGGGGUGGGAGCCCCGGGAGGAGGUGGAGGACUAAGGAGGGAGGGACCAGGGCGGAGGGCCGGUGGAGGAGGGCGGGGAGGAGCGCUCUUCCUGGUUGGGCCCUGCCCUGAGCUGCCACCAAGGAAGCCAGCCGCAGGGAUCUCUGCGAUCCCCCAGACUCUCCUCCCCCAGGAUGGCAGAGGAGUUCAUCACCCCGGUGUACUGCACCGGGGUGUCAGCCCAAGUGCAGAAGCAACGGGCCAAGGAGCUGGGCCUGGGCCGCCAUGAAAACUCCAUCAAGUACAUGGGCCAGGAUUAUGAACAGCUGCGGGCACGAUGCCUCCAGAGUGGGGCCCUCUUCCGAGAUGAGGUCUUCCCCCCAGUGCCUCAGAGCUUGGGCUUCAAGGAACUGGGUCCCAAUUCCUCCAAGACUUAUGGCAUCAAAUGGAAGCGUCCUAUGGAGCUGCUGUCAAACCCCCAAUUCAUCGUGGAUGGAGCCACCCGCACAGACAUCUGCCAGGGAGCGCUGGGGGACUGUUGGCUCCUGGCUGCCAUCGCCUCCCUCACCCUCAAUGACACCUUGCUGCACAGAGUGGUUCCCCACGGCCAGAGCUUCCAGGAUGGCUACGCUGGCAUCUUCCAUUUCCAGCUAUGGCAGUUCGGGGAGUGGGUAGACGUGGUCGUGGAUGACUUACUGCCUACCAAGGAUGGGAAGCUGCUGUUCGUGCACUCCGCCCAGGGCAAUGAGUUCUGGAGUGCCCUGCUUGAGAAGGCCUAUGCCAAGGUGAAUGGCAGCUAUGAGGCCCUUUCGGGAGGCAGCACCUCAGAGGGCUUUGAGGACUUCACAGGUGGGGUCACAGAGUGGUACGAGCUUCGGAAGGCACCCAGCGACCUCUACCAAAUCAUCCUGAAGGCUCUAGAGCGAGGCUCCCUGCUGGGCUGCUCCAUUGAUAUCUCCAGCGUCCUGGACAUGGAAGCUGUCACCUUUAAGAAGCUGGUGAAAGGCCAUGCGUAUUCUGUGACUGGUGCCAAGCAGGUGAAUUACCAGGGCCAGAUGGUGAACCUGAUCCGGAUGCGAAACCCAUGGGGCGAGGUGGAGUGGACAGGAGCCUGGAGUGACGGCUCCUCUGAGUGGAACAACGUGGAUCCCUAUGUACGUGAGCAACUGAGGAUCAAGAUGGAGGAUGGGGAAUUCUGGAUGUCCUUCCGAGAUUUCAUGCGAGAGUUCACCCGGUUGGAGAUUUGCAACCUCACUCCCGACGCCCUCAAGAGCAGGACUAUCCGAAACUGGAACACCACACUCUAUGAGGGGACCUGGCGCCGGGGGAGCACCGCUGGAGGCUGCAGGAACUACCCAGCUACCUUCUGGGUGAACCCCCAGUUUAAGAUCCGGUUGGAGGAGGUGGACGACGAAGACGACUACGGGAGUCGGGAGUCAGGCUGCAGCUUCGUGCUGGCUCUCAUGCAGAAGCACCGCCGCCGAGAGCGGCGCUUUGGCCGGGACAUGGAGACCAUCGGCUUCGCGGUAUAUGAGAUCCCACCCGAGCUGGUGGGCCAGCCUGUGCACUUGAAGCGGGACUUCUUCCUCUCCAACUCAUCUCGGGCACGCUCGGAGCAGUUCAUCAACCUUCGGGAAGUCAGCACCCGUUUCCGCCUGCCGCCCGGGGAGUACGUGGUGGUGCCCUCCACCUUCGAGCCCAACAAGGAGGGCGACUUUGUGCUGCGCUUCUUCUCAGAGAAGAGAGCUGGGACCCAGGAGCUGGAUGACCAGAUCCAGGCCAACCUUCCUGAUGAGCAAGUACUCUCAGAAGAGGAGAUUGAUGAGAGCUUCAAGUCCUUGUUCAGGCAGCUGGCAGGGGAGGACCUGGAGAUCAGUGUUAAGGAGCUACAGACCAUCUUGAACAGAAUCAUCAGCAAACACAAAGACCUGCGGACCAAGGGCUUCAGCCUGGAGUCAUGCCGCAGCAUGGUGAACCUCAUGGACCGUGAUGGCAAUGGGAAGCUGGGCCUGGUGGAGUUCAACAUCCUGUGGAACCGCAUCCGAAAUUACCUGUCCAUCUUCCGGAAGUUUGACCUGGAUAAGUCCGGCAGCAUGAGUGCCUACGAGAUGCGGAUGGCCAUCGAGUCUGCAGGCUUCAAACUCAACAAGAAGCUGUAUGAGCUCAUCAUUACCCGUUACUCAGAGCCUGACCUGGCUGUGGACUUUGACAACUUCGUGUGCUGCCUCGUGCGGCUGGAGACCAUGUUCCGGUUUUUCAAAUCUCUGGACACAGACCUGGAUGGUGUCGUAACUUUCGACCUGUUUAAGUGGUUACAGCUGACCAUGUUUGCAUGAGGUGGGGGUUCCCCUGCCGUACCCUUCCUCCCUCAUUCUGCCAAGCCACGCCUUCCUGCCAUGCCACAUCAGGCCACGUCAGCUGCAAGUGCCUUCCUUGGAACAGGAAGGCAUCUUCGUCCUCCUGUCCUCCCUCCUCCCCACCACCUCUGUUUCCCCUGCUCUGGGCAGAGCCAUGGGGCCCUCCUUGCUUCUGUGGCCAAGGGCUCAGUGUGGGCAACCCUGAACCCACUCAUGACCCAAGGCCAGAAAGACAGCUCCGCGCUUACAACUGCCUCAGGGGCAUAAGGGAGCACUCCUACUCCAGCAUCCUGAUGUGCCCCCUGCCAUCGUGGUAGAAGCUACAGCCCCAGCCAUCCUCUAGACCUGCAGACUUUAUAACCACUAGUAUCUGGGUAUUCAAGCCUCCACCCCUCUGAGGGAACCCCUAGGACAGGAAUCACCUGUACCUUCCUGUGCAGAAACCAAGGUCCCUUUGACCUGCAAACCAAACCACUCCUCUUCUCCUGCCCCACGCACCCACCAGGAGCUGCUCAGCCUGGAGGGUGCUCCCUCCUGCCUCCUCUCCUUUUUUAUAGUGAUGAUUUUCAAGGGGACUCUUCAGGGAUUGGUGAACUGGCUAUGGAGGACCAGGUACUGGGGUGGUUUGGGGAGGGCCCGUGUUUCAAUGCAGAGGAACUCUGGAUAAUAAAAGAAAAGGCCAUGUGUU